AUGCAGCAGAAAAGGAACAUCCAGAUCAUUGAGUGGGAGGACCUUGAUAAAAGGAAGUUCUACUCUUUUGGGAUAUUUAUGACAAUGACCAUCCGGGCCACCGUCUACCCAGCUACACUGAUCCGCACUCGGUUGCAAGUGCAGAGAGGAAAGUCGCUCUACAGUGGCACUUUUGACGCCUUCUUCAAGAUUCUGCGGACGGAGGGAGUACGGGGCCUGUACCGCGGCUUUAUGGUUAACACCUUCACACUAAUCUCGGGCCAGGCUUACAUCACCACCUAUGAGCUGGUGAGGAAAUAUGUUUCCCAGUAUUCGGAGGACAAUACAGUAAAAUCGCUUGUGGCAGGGGGCUCUGCUUCCCUGGUUGCUCAGAGCAUCACGGUACCCAUAGACGUGGUGUCUCAGCAGCUGAUGAUGCAGGGCCAAGGGCAGCACCUCACUCGCUUUCAUCUCACUACUGACUCAGACGCUGGAAAGGCAAAAAAGGUUUUUGGACAAACCAGGAACAUUGUGACUCAGAUUUUUGCUGCAGAUGGCUUCCGGGGAUUCUACAGGGGAUAUGUGGCUUCUUUGCUGACCUAUAUCCCAAACAGUGCAGUCUGGUGGCCUUUCUACCACUUUUAUGCUGAGCAGCUCUCCAAAUUGGCUCCCAGUGACUGCCCCCACCUGGUCCUUCAAGCCAUGGCCGGACCUUUAGCUGCUGCCACUGCCUCCACCGUCACCAACCCAAUGGAUGUGGUCAGAGCCAGAGUACAGGUUGAAGGGAGAGCUUCAGUCAUCGAGACGUUCAGGCAGCUGAUCCAAGAGGAGGGCUUCUGGGGAUUAACCAAAGGACUGUCGGCACGCAUCAUUUCAUCCACACCCACUGCCAUCGUCAUGGUUGUCGGCUACGAGGCGCUGAAAAAACUGAGCCUGCGUCCUGAGCUGGUGGACUCGAGGCAUUGGUAAAACGCUACCCGAGCAGGCGGGACAACUACGGACCAGGUGCCAUUUUUAACCCUCGUCUUUAACUCGAACUUCCUGAGAGCGCUCGGGGUUAAAGACGGGUUUGUUCCAGAUGAGACCGUGUGAGAACAUGCAGAGUUAUUUUAAACUUUGACGUUUUACAUUUAAACUUGUGUUUGGCCACUCUGUCCAA